GGGCGCUCUGGGGGCGGCGCUCGCCGCAGUCUCGGCUCCCGCCGCUUCCUCCUACUCCUCCUCCCGCCGCCGCCGCCGCCGCCGUCGCCGCCGCCGCCGCCGCCGCUCCCCCGUAGCGUUUCCCGGCUGCUAGCGGGCCGUGGGCACCGAGCGCGGCCCGAGGCCGGGGUUCACGUCCGCUAGGUCGCCCGGAGCCGCCGCGGGCGAUGAAUUCUUGGGGCUCCUCCCGCCCCCGCAGCCCGGCGAGGGGCCAGGCCAGCCUGAGGCAGCUGGAAGGGGAGUGAGAGGCCGCUCGCCGCCGCCGCGCCCGGGGCCGGUUCGGCCGCCGCUGAGUCCAUGACCCCGACUCCUCCUCCGGGGACAGCCGCCGCCGCCGCCUCCGCUGCCCCGCAGCAUCGGGCCCCCAGCAGCCGGCUGCCGGCCCCAGCCCCUCCUCCCCCUUCUCCGCCGCCUCCUGCGCUUCUCCGUCCGCUCUCUCCAGCCCCCGGCUGCCCGUCCUCGGGGCUGCGGAAGGAAGAAGCUUCAGGCUCCAGUGUGAGAAUGGCUGUGACUUUAGAAGAAGUUCCAUGGGUAUGUGUGACCUUUGUGAAAGCUGUCCUGAGGUUCGCCUUCAUGGUCAUAAAUAACUUGGUCGCCAUUCCAUCCUAUGUCUUCUAUAUCAUAAUUCUUCAGCCUCUGCGAAUGCUAGACAGGAAGCGGUUCUGGUAUAUCGAAGGAAUCAUGUACAAGUGGCUUUUAGCAAUGGUGGCUUCCUGGGGUUGGUGUGCAGGUUACACAGUAAUGGAGUGGGGUGAAGAUAUUAAAGCAAUUUCAGAAGAUGAAGCUCUGAUGUUGGUGAACCAUCAAGCAACGGGAGAUGUGUGCACAUUAAUGAUGUGCCUACAGGACAAAGGAAUGGUUGUUGCUCAGAUGAUGUGGUUGAUGGAUCACAUAUUUAAGUAUACAAACUUUGGUAUUGUUUCUCUAAUUCAUGGAGAUUUCUUUAUAAGACAGGGAAAAUCUCAUCGUGACCAGCAGCUUGUUAUUCUUCAGAAGCACCUAAGAAAUUGUUACAGGAGCCGGGAUCGGAAGUGGAUUGUUCUGUUUCCAGAAGGUGGUUUCCUCAGGAAGAGACGAGAAACAAGUCAGGCAUUUGCCAAGAAAAAUAAUUUGCCAUUCCUUACACAUGUCACCCUGCCAAGGCUUGGGGCAACACAAAUUAUUCUGAAUGAACUUGUAGCACGACAAGAAAAUGGAACCCCAGCAGGCGGAGAUGCUAGAGUGUUAGAGAAUAAACCAAAAGGCCUCCAAUGGGUCAUAGAUACAACCAUAGCUUAUCCUAAAGGUGAACCUAUAGACAUCCAAACUUGGAUUCUUGGAUAUAGGCGACCAACAGUCACUCAUGUUCAUUACAGGAUUUUUCCAAUUAAAGAUGUACCUAUGGAGAAUGAUGCCCUUACUAAUUGGCUGUAUCAGCGGUUCAUUGAAAAGGAGGACCUCUUGUCACACUUUUAUGAAACAGGAGCUUUUCCUCCCCUAAUGGGCCAGAAGAAAGCAGUUUCUAAGGAGAUGACACUCAACAACAUGUGGCUAUUUUUCAUACAGUCCUUUGCAUUUUUAUCAGGCUAUAUGUGGUACAACAUUCUACGGUAUUUUUAUCAUUGCCUAUUCUAGGAGUUGAAUGGGACCUAUGGACACCAUAAGAGUUUAGGCUUUUGCAAAUGUGCAUUAUAUUACAUGUGCAAAUGAGAAUAUACGCAAAUGAAGGAAAUUGGAUGGCCAGCUUAAUUUUUAUCCCUCUUUGGGGAAAUUUUAAAACUUUACUAAAAGUGAGGAUCAGUAAUAUAAUGACCUGUUAAUGUAUUUUAAGAACUUUCCAUGUUUUUAAAAGGUAUACUAUACCACAAACAUGCUAUUAUGAGAAGAGGCGAUCAUAACGUCAUCCUGGAAGACUAAGAGAAAUUAUAUCACCACUGAAUAUACUUGGAAACUUAGUUCAAGGUUAGAAAGCUUGAUUUUCCUCUUAUCCAGUAGUCUGUACUACCACAGUGUUCUAGAGAUCUCUUGUUUCCAGCAGUUGAAGUUAUGUUGCCACUAACAUUUACGGGAGCAGUUGGGGCCUCCUACAUUACUGUUUCUUGGUCAUCAGUUCCUAUUUUAAGACAAAAACAAAAACAAACCAUUCCUAAACACCUAAGUGAAAUAUAGUGUCAGUACUAGAAUGUGCUUAAACAACAGAAAUCAAUCCUGGCUAUCUCGGUCUUUACUUUGUUGAGUUUAUCAUCCACCAUCAUGUUUAUGUGUGUUAGUGCUUUCCCAUUUCCAAGGGAGUGAAAAAAUGUCAUUUUAUUUUUCAUCUUUAAAAUACAUUUCAUGGAUUAAUUAUUAUCUUUUGUGAAAUGCACUUUUCAGAGAUGCAAAUACAGUGAAGGAAAAGUCUUACAGCUUGAGAUCGAUUGAAUUUUUAUGAUAAGUGGGCUUCUUGAGAGGCAUUGCUCCCUCUGAAGGUUUACUUGAGUGCUGGUUACUCUUCAGUACAGUAAUGCUUUGGGUACCACACUAUUGCUGAUAGGACAGUUACAUAGUUCAGAAGCCUUUUGUUUUUUCCCAUUUUGAUGUGCUAACACUAAAUACAUUUGGGGAUGGUUAAAACAAGUUAAUGCCAAACAACUACAUGUUCUAUUUAGGCAGAAAAUAGACUAGUUAGUUGAUUAGAAAACUAAUAAUAGCUAGAGCCAGACACUGGCUUAAAAUGAUAGAAAGUUAUUCAGUCUCCUGUGACAAGGUACAGCCAUAGCCCUCUAGAUAUCUGUACAAACAGCACUAUUGUCACCAUAUCAAAAGUAGAUGCUAGUCUCAGGAGAAGGAAAGUUAACUAGGAGGCAAGCUGAUGCAAAUUCAGCCUCUUUCUUCCAAAAGCUUUUAAAGUAGUCUGGUUCUUAUUGAUUGCUAGAAAAUAUAGUGCUUAUCAUCCUGUUUGUGUGAUUUACCUCGUUAUAGAACCAAAUUCUUCCUACAAAAGAGCUACAUCGGUACAUAGUCUAAAUGCCAGAUGUUGAGCUACUGGGUGUUUGUGGUUUGGAAUUGUAAAAUUAUUAAGAUCCAAGUAAGUCAACUGUAGUGUUCUGUGCUAUUGGCAACAUAGACUCCCCUGUUGCCUCUAAUCACACAAAUACCAAUUUUGAUAGUAGUCUAUAAGAUAAAAAUAAAGCUAAAUAUUUUCCAUUUAAAAUAAACCAAAAAAAUAGAACGAUGUGAAUUUCCCCUCAGUUUUGUGGGAAAGGUUAAUUAACACCAAAUAUAAGUCCAUGAUAUCUUCAUCCUUUAAGGUAACUCAGUGCAUAUGUAACAAAGAACAUAACGCAGUAACUGAAAUACCUCAUUGACUGGAAGUACUGCUACUGGUAAAAUGCAGAAAUGUUGAUGUACUUAGUUUGGGAAAUGUUCAUUGUAAGAUGAAACUUUGAAACCCAGCUUUUUAUUGAGCGCCCAUACACAAGUGACAGCGCACACAUGAAGCCCAGCUCAACCUAGAGGCACCUAACGAAAGGAGUAUAGGACUAAUUCUGUUCAUGCACCUUUCGUAUACAGGCGAUCCCAAGUAGAUCAUCAUGCCUAAAGAAAUCUGUAUUGUGUUUAUUCUGUUGGUUUCCUCCUCCAGAGUAAUGUAGAUAUGACCGUUUUUGUUUUUUUUUUUUAAAAAUCCUUUGAUGUUCAGUUGAAAAAAGAAAGGUUUUCUAUAAAGGGAUAGUUAUACUCUUGAAAUGAUUGCACACAUCAAAGAAGCUCCAUCCUGGAAUAUAAUACUUUUCCAUAGUAAUGGGUCAAACAGGACAAACAGGUGUGCCAGUUAUUUAUGUAGUAGUGGGUAUGGGCAAUGUAUAGAUGGGUAUACAGUUGACCCUAUAACUUUUUAAAUUAUUUUAAAGCAUAUCUUUCUCUUUUGUUUGUAAAACAUGUUUGUUUUAGAGCACUGAUUGUAGUUUCCUUCUCAGUGAGUGGCAUUCUCCUACCUGCACUAAAGAAUAUGAAAGGAGAAUCAGUGUUCUUUCCUGUGUGGUAAUCAGGGUGUUUUCUGUUGUUUAAAGAAAAAAAACAAAAACCAAACUCUGAAUAAACCUUCCAGUUUGCAGUGUAGUUUUUGUGUGAAGGGGAAGUAAAUUCAAAGGACUCACAUUUUAUCAAGAGAAAGCAUUAUAAAGCUUAUAGGAAAUAGUUAUUGUGCUAGCUUAAGUCACCAGUUAAGUUAGCCUGUAGAGCCUCACCUCCUCUGCAGUUCUGUCGGUCUACCUAGAUUGCCUCAGCAGAUAUCAGUGUGUACUUCUAGAAACCCAGGAAUCCUGAGUGUUGCUUUCAAUUGGUAGGACCAGUAACUUGGUUUCAGUGACUACAAAAGUGAUCUAAAUACACCAGCUGACUGUGGCUUUUAGAAUCAGUUGUUUGGUGUUUUAGGUGCAUUGCUGUGGAGAAACCCAUUAUCCAGUGGAGGCUGGGGGGUAAAUUGAAGCAAGUAAUAAAGGUUUAAAGGGGAAACAGGUUAUUUACUACAUUUAGUUAAUGAGUUUCUAGACAAUAGGUCUUUUUUAAAGGUAGCUUGUACGUUCAAGUCUAUAUGAUUGGGUAGUUUCUUCAUUACAGCCAAACCUUGUUUAUUACCUGGCUUUAUGUGGAUAAUUGAAAUUCACAGAUCAUCCAAAAAUCUCCUGUAUCUGUUAGUUUCAAUCUCCUCUCUACUCAAACCUUUAAACAGAAAUGCUACCAAGUACAAAAUUGAUUGGUUUGAUUUGUAGCUCUCCUGGUCAUAUAUUUGUGAAUGUGCUAUUGAGCAGUGAAAUGAGUAAAAGGCAACCAAAAGAGGAGAAACAACAAGCUCGAAUAAUCCACAGACUGAAUAAUCAGCUCCUGAAUAACCAAGAGUUGGCUGUAUUAAAACUGUUCUCAAACUGUUUUAUUAAAUUGAAACCUUAAAUCACCAAAUGUAAACUUCUGCGGUACACCAUUCUGUUGUUAAUGCCUUUGGGAUUUGUUUUGUGAAUGUUCAUUCUCCCCCAUGUGGAUUUGUCUUAGUAAUUUUCUUUUUUGACAAUCACUUCACUGAACACUUCUGUAAUAAAGUUGGUUAUAAUAAAUAAUCUUCAAUCAUGACAAGUAGGAGUUGGAUUUGUGUUGAUAGUUAAAAAAUUAUUUGCACUGCUAAAUAGGAAGAUUUAAUUCUUUUCUUUUUUUUUCCCUUUUUCUUGUGAAAAUGAAAUGUAUUUUACCAUGAUGGUAGUAUUCAGCUCUGAUUCAUAUGGAGCAAAAAGUAAAAAUGAUCUGUUUUCUUGACAUGCAGUGCUGUAAACCUUACCUCUGUUAAAAAGAAAGGAAAAGUCGAGUGCUGGGCUUGGCCCACAGUUACAUUAAUUCAUUUUAUAUGUGGGUAAAGCAGAAUGUGCUUGGGACCAAAACCACCUUAGUGGGGACUAUCUAAAUCACAAAGAAGCCUGGGGGUUCUUUGGAGCAGUCAUUGGUUGGUGCUUUACUUCAACCAUUUUGCACCAAUCCCCAACAAUUAGGAACUGGGCCCUGGAAAUAAACUGAGGGUGCUAGACUUUUGGGGGAAGGUGACUGGAGCCAUAUGAAAGAUGCGAUAUGGAUUUUUUUUCAAAAUUACAUAUUUGUGGAUUUUUACAUUUAGUAUUUUUUUAAAACAGUUUAAAGAGCAAGAUAAACUUGUAUUCUAGUUGCAAAGUAUGCACACAUAUAUUUUGAAUGGCUUUAUUUUUAUUGUGUAAAACUGUUGAACACAUACUGUGAUGCACAAAUUCUUUACAUGUUAAGGAGUCUAUGCAUUUGACAGUAACUUCUGUUUUAUAAUUGGGUAAUGAAACAGUUAUACAUUGAACCACUGUUGUAUUAAAACACACUUCUUUUAAGGUUGCUAUUACAAGACUGUGUUUAUUUUAUAAAAUGGAUUUUAGUUUUCCUAAUGCCAUAUUGUUUACUUUAGCCUGUUUGACCUUUCCCUUUUCCGUGGUGUGUUAUUUGCAUGUUGUUCUGUGCGAUAGGAAUGAAUGUAAAGGCUGUUGUGACUAAUUAACUUUUGUAAAGGGCUGGUCACAUGUGGAUCUGUUUUAUUAAUGCAUUUUAAAUGAUUUUAGUAUCCAGAUCACCUUUUCAAAACUUUGGUGUUAAUACCCAGAAAACAAACAAACAAAGAAAAAAAAACCUUUUCUCAACAGAAACUAAUAGCUGGCUCUAUUUUUUUUUAACUGUGCAAGAAAAUAAAGUUGAUUUUCAAGAAAAGUGCUUCUAAUUUUUCUCAGUUGAAUGGGGUGUUUUGGUGUUGUGUGGGUAUUUGGGGGGGGCUACUUUUUACGUUGGGAUUUUGAGAAAAGUUUGUAACAGAAAAGUUGUAAAUUGAUUGUCCCAGGCACACUGAAUUGGAUCAGAUGGCAAAAUAUCCUUGCUUUGAAAAGCCCGUUUUUUCUUUUAUUCUUAGCCUCUUUAACUCUUGGUAUUGUCUUAUAUUUCUCACAUUUGCUCCAUUCAGAGCCCUCAGGAAAAUGAAUUCUCAUCACAGAAAUUCUUCUUUCUAGGCAGGGGCUUUAAAGGUGAGAACACUAAAGGUGAUCUUGCACGAUCUUAUGAUUUAGAAAAAUGAAACUCAGAAUUUUUCCUGAAGAGCUUUAUUGGCCACUACUUUUCUCAAUUUACUCAUCUACUUUCAGAUUCUUUAAUCAAAGCCAAGUUCCAGGUAGGUCUGAACGCUUGAAGCAUUUGUCAGAUUUGUUGGUUAGAGUCUGUGAGUUUGGGCCCAUUGAAAACUCUUAAGUGUCCUGGAGCAUGUUGCACAAUCUGCCCAAUGAGUGUGAUGUUCAGUUCAGUCUACCUCUUCUUUUGGCUCAGGAUUUAGGCCAUCAUUUUUUUUUGUCUUAUGUAGACAUUUCUGUGAAAGGUGGGGAGAACAAUUAGGGAGAAGGAGCCUGAAAGCAAAUGCUAAAGUGCGAAGAGAUCUGUUGUUGACCAGCCCUGUUCCUCAUGAGUUUGGGGGGAAAAAAGCCAUUGUUUUUAAUUCCCGCCUAAAUAUGAAUAUGUUUGUUUUAAAAAUGUUUGUUCCUGCUGAAAAAAAAUGUAUUUUUAAAAGGAAAAAAACCCUCUUUUGGCUAUAAGAUAAAGUCAGCUGUAUGACCAGGUGUGACCAUAUCAUAACAUGCUGAUAUAUGAUAUAAAUCAAUAAAUUUUUACCUCUCAG